CGUGUAUGUACGGGUCCUUCGGACUUCCGGGUGUGUAUAAACAGAUCGCAAACGGAGUUGCCUCUCUCUAAAGAUGUCUAAAGUAACGUUUAAAAUCACCCUGACGUCGGAUCCCCGGCUGCCAUACAAAGUACUAAGUGUACCAGAGAGCACCCCAUUCACAGCAGUGUUGAAGUUUGCAGCUGAGGAGUUCAAAGUACCAUCAGCAACCAGUGCAAUAAUAACAAAUGACUUUGCAGACGGAAUAGGAAUCAACCCUGCCCAGACAGCAGGGAAUGUGUUUCUAAAACAUGGCUCUGAACUUCGCAUCAUUCCCAGAGACAGAGUGGGAGGACAGGGACACUGAUGCUGCUUUUUCCUUGUUGACGGCAUAAUGACUCACCCGGCAGAAUCACGUAACACUUGAGACCCAGGAAACACCCCAGCGUGUGUCAUAUUUAUUUUCUGGCCCACAACUGACAGUGACUCACAUGAGAAUAUAUAUAUUUAAACGUGAUGAUGACAUGCGCGCACACUUGCAUGCUCCCUGCUUCUUCAUUCUCAGUCAAGUUAUACUUUUUGCUGUAAGUUUAGCUGCAUCAAAAGAUUGUAGGGACAUUACCCAGAGGCGAUGAGUAAUUAAUCAACAUAAACACAGCAGUUGCAUCCUGGGAAAGAUUUUAGCUAAGAUUAACAAACAACUGAGUCAACAGUUAUAGCUUUUGUAUCUUUGUAAAUGACAAUAAACAGUCAGGAUGGCUAACGACAACACA